GUUUCAUAAUAUAAGAGUGAUUUUUCUUUAACUAUUCUGUGAUAACUUUCUACCAUUGUAAUACAAGCUAUACAAUUAUUUGCAUUAAUACCUCAUACUGCAAAUUUUCACUAAUUAUUUAACUUAGUUGUUGAAUUAGUGUUUAGGAUGUCACAAAGCAAUAACUCAUUCCCAUUUUACAUUCAUCCAAUGAAUCACAAGCGCAGUGUGCAAAUUAUUAAAGAAGCAAAAGCCGAGAUAAAGAAAAUGGAAUCUCGUCGUCCAAGAACUCCUUUCUGUCCCAAAAACAGUACAAGAUCAGGAUUUCAGCCUGGACAGUCAAGACCAAAUAGUAGUACAAGUUUGAGGUCACUGCAGUUUGAAAAUGAAGAAGACUCUCACAUAACAAGUACAAAAGUAUCUUCUCUGCAGACUAUAAAGGGAGAUUCGAAUAUCAAAUUGGAGCCAAUUGUUGUAAAAUCUUCCAUGCAACCACCUAAACUUAGAGAUUCACGUCUGAAAAAGCAGUCAGAAUCAGAUUUUGUAGGACUUCCACCUAUAACAUAUGAAGAUAUUUCGCACAAAACCCAUGGAGAAGAGUAUUCGGAAAAUGGCUCAAAAUAUAAAGAAGAAAUUGCUAUUCCUGCUAAUUGUUUCUCACCAACAGAAGGAAACUGCUAUUUUUCAUGCCAAACAGGUGCAGAACAAGAUGAUGAACAAGAAAUAAGGGAGUUAUCAAUAAAAAGGCAGAGUAUUGACCUACAAGACAUUGAAGGAUCAACUCAAGAAGACAGUUCAUGCAAACCAGAUCAAAUUUCUUCACAAAUAGCUAAAUUUCUCCCUCUUUUGGAAAGCAGCAUAUCUUUAGUUAGAAAGCAAGAUGAAGAAGCUGUGAUUGUCCUCAUUCAUGAAAUCCACAAUAUUUUAGAAAUGGAAGGGUCGUUUGAUGCUAUGUUUGAGAACAGAACUUCUCUUCUAAAACUACUUUUUAGACUGCUAGAUUCAAAUUAUCCUAUUUUAAGCCUACAUACAGCAAACUUGUUGUUAAAAAUGAAGCUGAAAGAUAAGAAUUUGACAACGGUUCUAAGAUUCAUUUUAAAAUUGACCAAAGAUUUUGAAAUAGAUUUAGAACACUUUCACCUAAUUGAAACGUUAAUUAAAUUGAUGCAGACCAUUUCUGUGAUGGCAUGCCCAGAAGCUGUUUUACAUGCCACAAUGAUUAUAAAAAGUCUGAUUUGCUCAGACACAAUUAGCAAACAAAUUGUAAAAGAAUUCAUAGCGAUUUUAUUUCAUCAUUUGGAAGAUUCAAAUUUAAUGAUGGAUUCUCAUAAAGAAGAACUUGAUAAUCAUUAUCAGCCGCCCUUGUGUAAUACAGGGUAA